UUAGCCUCGACGAUCCCAAAUCUUCCCUCAGUCUUCUCGUUCAACGAUUCCACAACCGCCGCUUCGCCUCGCCGUCGUCCAAUCCGAGUCACCGGCGGCCACCCCUGAAAUCUCGUCGCAGUGGCUGAUUCGUCUCCCCUCCCUUUAGCUAAGGAGAAGGAGAUUUAUGGAGAUGGAGACGACAUUGAACAAGAUCGAGAGAGCUCAUCGAAUGUACCGGGAAUUAAAGCAUCGAGAUGCUCUUGAGCUCUAUACGGAAGCGCUAGGGAUGGCGAAGAACAAAGCACAGAAGAUCGCGCUGCAUAGCAACCGGGCUGCUUGUUAUCUAAAACUGCAUGACUUCAAUAAGGCAGCUCAAGAGUGCACUUCAGUUCUUGAUUUGGAUCAACAACACACUGGAGCAUUGAUGUUACGAGCACAGACUCUUGUCACCCUAAAGGAUUAUCAAUCAGCACUCUUUGAUGUCAACAGACUGAUGGAACUUAAUCCAGCAUCAGAUGUGUAUCGAAACCUGCAAGCACGACUUAGAACACAAUUGUCUCUAGCUCCAAUACCUGAAUCCGAGGAUGAAUCAAUGUGUCAUGAUGAAGAUGAGGAUGUUGAAUCAAAUAAUUUAUAUAAAGUAAAUAAAAAGAAUGUGGCUCCACUUAUCUCUCCAAAACCUACUGUUAUUGAGGCUAGAGAUCCUGAGACUCCAACUCAUUCAAAUCCACCAGGAUGGGAAGCAAUUCCUAAACCUAAAGGACAUUCUGGUUUAGAUUACUCGAGAUGGGAUAGUGUGGAAGUUGAUUCAAGUGAAGAGGAAGAAGAUGAAACAGAAGAGCAGCAGCCUCAGUAUAGAUUCCGUGUUAGAACUGUUGGUGUUCGUCCUGUAAAGUGAAUGGUUGAAUCAAGAUUGAAUAGAUCAGAUCGUACCCAAAUUUCCUGCAACAGUGUUCAGAAUUUACAGAGCUGAAUUUCAUGGUGUGGUAACAGUUAUGCUGUACGCAUGCAGAUAUUCUGAACCCAAUCAGUCACUGUAUAAAGAGGAUCAGUAGAAUCAGUUUUCACCUUGAUGUCGAUCCUCUAUUGUUUUAGCAGUGCAAAGGAAAAUGACUUUGUUGCAGUUCCCUUACAUUGAAACUUUUUGAAUAAUCAGGCAUAUAUUUUGUCUUAUUAAUAUAAAUAUUGUAGAAAUUAAUGUAGUUUUGAGGACAAGUUUUCUGUAAUGUAUCAGUGGAUGACAAUUUGUAUUUUGUUAAAUAACCUACAUAAAUUUGUGAUGUUGUAAAUAUUUCUAUCAA